CAAGAAGAAGAAUGAUCUCCGGCCGUACAUAAGUGCCCUGUUUGCUUCUACUUGCACCUUUCCUGCAUCUCAUCAGGCUGUCCCUCGGUCCGGGGUGGCACGGCGUACAAAGCGCUCGCUGGAUCGUUUGGGGUCCUUCGAUCUGGAUUCCCCACAAAAACUGAAGUAAUGUUUCGACGAAGGAUGCCUUUCUCCCAGCUGGCUUUAGCCGCAGCGCUCGGGGUCGCUGGGGGCAUUUACAUCUACAGACCUUAUUUUGAGGCACGACCGAAGGCCUCUGAGCCGCAGCACCAGGAUGUGCCGAAGAAAGGGAACGAAACGGACUGAGGCGGAUCGCCACUCCCAGGAAGCGCUUCACAGACAGAACAAUCAGGACCGUUGAUGCUGGACCGGAUGGCAAACAAAACACAAAACCAGUGUGGAUACAUUUCUGCUACUGUGUGUGACGACAAAAUAAGAUAUUCUAUUUUGGGACAUUCUGAAAAAUCACUUUUAAGAAAAAAAAAAAAAAGGUAUAAAAUGUUAAUCCUUUGACAGUUUUAAACACUCUCCUGCCUUACAGUUAUUUCUAAGAGAUUUAUUUGUAAAUGCAUAAACGCUGUUGCUUGAGGACAUUGUGAACCAAAAAAUAAAAUGUCUUUUUAUGUUGAGUGAAA